UUCUUAUUUCCCAUAGGUUUCCCUAACAACUCAAUUCCAUCAAUUCGUUUUUCAGUCAUUCAACUCGUUGACAUUUUCUUCCAUUAUUCAAAAUUAUAGAAAAUAUAAAAGUUUUUAGGAAAAAUGUCAAAUUUUCAAAGCAAAUACAAAGUACUGCAGAAAAUUGGGGAAGGUUCUUUUUCGGAAGUACUCAAAUGUCAAAAUCGGGAGACAGGAGAAUGCUUCGCUGCCAAAAGAUUAAAAAAAUCAUAUAAAUCUAACGAAGGCGUGUUAAAUUGCGCCGAGAUCAUAGCGGCACAGAAAAUUCCCUAUCAUCAGAAUGUCUUGAAUUUGUUAGAGUUUCAUUACGAAAAUUUGACGGGAAAAGCCAUUUUCAUUUUCGAAUUGAUGGACAUGAGCAUGUAUGAUUUGCUGAAAAACCGUACCAGGAGGCUUCCUGAAACAAGAGUCAAGUUCUUCCUGUACCAAAUUCUGAAAGGACUGACUCAUCUUCAUAACCACGGACUGUUUCAUAGAGAUGUUAAGCCGGAGAACAUCCUGAUCAAGAUGACAACUUCAGGUGAGCUGAUAAAAUUGGCUGAUUUAGGUUCGGUGAGGGGCAUAUACAGCGAGCCUCCUUACACAGAGUACAUAUCUACUCGUUGGUACCGUUCGCCAGAAUGUUUGCUGACAGUAGGAAAUUACGGACCCAAGAUGGACGUUUGGGCAACUGGAUGCGUAUUUUACGAAAUGCUGACCCUGAAGCCCCUUUUCCCUGGCUCCAACGAGCUGGAUCAGCUGCACAAGAUUCAUGCUAUCCUAGGCACGCCCAACGGAAAACUGCUGGAAAAGCUGAAGAACAAGUCUAGGAACUGCACCUGCUUCCCCGAAAUUUCGGGAACGGGACUCCAGUGUCUGCUCGGGGAUUUCAGCGAACACGCGAAGCGUCUGCUCAAGCUGAUGCUGGAGUACGAUCCCGACAAAAGGAUAAACGCCAGGAGACUGCUGCAGAGCGUCUACUUCGACUCCAUUAGAUUUUGCGAGGAUCGAUCCGAGCAUCUGCCCUACCUUAGCAAGCUGAAACUAGAGCAAACAACCAAAAGCCCGGAGGGCAGUAGACUCUACCUCAGGAAUAAACCUGCCGUACAGGAAAAACGCAGCAGCAACAGCUACAGCCUCAACAGGCAGCCCAAGAAGGAACAGGUCAGACCCAGGGAAUCGGGGAGCUCCAAGACUUCGACCCUGAAGUCCUCCAAGACCCUCCUGGACGUGACGUCCACCCUGUCGGGCAAUCGCAAAAGCUCUAGGUCCAAGGGGACCGAAGUGCAAGAAGCCAAACCGUCGAAAACGUGGAACCCCAAGCCUCCGCUCUUCAUCCCGGUGAGGGACAAGUCCAAGACUAGGAAGCCGUCGGGCGACAAGUUCAGAAAAACCACCAGUAAUUUGGCUCAGUUUGCGCACGCGCCGCUAUUGACGCAGAAGGAAAUCGCGGAGAACAAAAGUUUUCAAUCGAAAUCUUUCGUACAGCCGCUGAGGAAAUCUUCGAGGAAAUCGUCUCAGGCGGACGAGAAAUUGAACAAAAAUCUGGAUAAAUUGAAGAGGACGACAUGAAAUCUCGAAAUGACUACGUCAAAUUUCAGUAGAAUAAAGAUUUUAUGACAA